CGCGCGUCCCGACGCCGCGACUCCUGUCAGCCGGACCAGAACCACUGCACGCAAUGAGCAGGAAAGUAAUCGGUGCUGACGAGGCCACACACGGCUGGUGACGAAGCACAUGCAGUGGCUCAAGACAUUGUAUUUGUGGUUCCAUCGUCGCAGGCAAAAAGGCGAUUUGCUCCUACUCCUAGGGGCAGUACCCCUGUCCAUCGUCCGGCCUGCUGGAAGCACCUUGGAGGGAUCCAGCGGACUACUGCGGUUGAUGCUACUACUAGUAUGGCACUGUAGGUAGCGUCCAUGUACCUGAGGGACUGGUACAAUGUACAUGUUGUCGAGCUUUGCGGCUGGCAGGCCAUCGCAGGCUGGAUAUUCAAGCCUACGAUUGUGCGGUCCAACUUGUGGCCAUCCUGUUCCGCUGCAGGCAAGCGAGUCACUACUGGGAAGACCGGGAGUACGAGUAACAGGUAACAAUAGCACGACUGAAAGUGUUCCAGAUUGAAAAGCAAAGCAUUCGAACACGUCCCAAUCGGACUCUCUGCUAAGUAGCAGGCACCUGAUUCGAGCGCAGUCAUUCUGGAGCCUGGGACCAUCAAUGUGAACAGCAUUUCAGUCUCGAGAGCGGGAUUGGAUUUCUGCCCGCGUUGACCGCGACGAGAAGUAGUUCCAUCACCACCGGAUCCGGCACCAUUUGUCAGUAGGUAGUGACCUGUGUUGCGACUUGUGCAACUACCAUAAUCCGCGUCCCGAAGUCAUUAUGACAUUUGAUUGAGGGUUCAAGUACAACAUGGAGUGGUUUCCGAUAGCCGACUUCACAGAUGGAAAGUCAAGCGAGAGUUUACAACCCCGUCUCCAUCACGAUUUUAAUUGGCGGCCGAUGAUGUGAUUUUACCCUCCGCAGGAGAUUCCGCGCAGUUGGCCUCCAUGGCGCUCAAAGGUAUGUCUGACGGCACGAUGGCUUUCAUUCUACAAAAACUGCUUGAGGAGAGGCCCCGCCUGGUCUACUAUCACUCCUCCAAGUCAAAGGCACCCAUUGCCCAAGAUGGCGGCUCCUCGAGGCGCUCAGAUCGCUGCUCGCCUGCUUAGGAGAGGUUCCAAAACUCUCCGAUCAGAUUCCUCGGUGGUAGAGCGCAGGUUCAAUCCACGCCCGUUGUCCAAGAGAUGCCAGCCGGUCACUAGAUCCCUUUAUACACGAGCAGCGCACCAUGCCCAAGCUGCCGCUGCUCCGGCCCAGGAAGAGCGAUGGGAGCCACCGGAGCCCAGCAACCCUGCCAUGGCCUUCCCGUGCCUGGACGCACAGGAAAAGAAGACGGCUGCUCUUCAACAGUCACGGUCUAUCGACUCCGGGCCGGAGCCCUCUUAUACCACCGGAUCACAUCUGGUCUUCCACAGUUCGGAACCUAUUCUUCUUGACUGGGGUGGCAUCCUCCCUGAGUUUGAUAUUGCAUACGAAACGUGGGGAACCCUGAAUGCGGACAAAAGCAAUGCCAUACUAUUACAUACCGGUCUGUCGGCAUCAAGCCACGCGCACAGUACAGACGCCAAUCCGAGACCCGGGUGGUGGGAGAAAUUUAUAGGGCCAGGCGCCCCGGUCGACACUGAGAAAUAUUUUGUGAUCUGCACAAAUGUCAUCGGAGGAUGCUUCGGUUCGACGGGGCCUUCGUCUGUUGAUCCAUCGGAUGGUCAGAGAUAUGCGACAAGGUUCCCCAUCUUGACGAUGGAUGACAUGGUACGGGCGCAGGCGAGGUUGUUGGACAGACUCGGGAUUGAGAAGCUUUUUGCGAGCGUUGGGGCUAGUAUGGGUGGUAUGCAGAGCCUGGCGUUUGGCGUACACUUUCCCGAGCGGGUCCAGAGGAUUGUCAGCAUAUCUGGCUGUGCCAGGAGUCAUCCCUACAGUAUCGCCAUGAGACAUACUCAAAGGCAGGUACUGAUGAUGGAUCCGAAAUGGAAUAGAGGCUUCUACUAUGAUGGUGUUCCGCCUCACAGUGGGAUGAAACUCGCGCGAGAGAUUGCCACGGUGACUUAUCGCAGCGGACCAGAAUGGGAAAAGAGGUUCGGCCGUCGACGGGCCGACCCCAGCAAGCAGCCGGCGCUGUGCCCGGAUUUUCUGAUCGAGACCUACUUGGAUCAUGCUGGCGAGAAGUUUUCCCUGGAGUAUGACCCAAACUCAUUGCUCUACGUGUCCAAAGCGAUGGACUUGUUCGACCUGGGUUAUGAGCAGCAAGAAAGUGCCAGGUCGCGCCGUCAGCAAAACCUGGCCAAGUUAGCACAGCACCGGGGUCGUCUGCCAUCUAACGACCUCUCCUGUAGUCUGACACUGCCGUCGAAGAAUUAUGAAGAGCAACAGCAGGCGGGUUCAAUGGACGAGGCGGUCGUUGACGACCGAGCAGGCGGUCCACCAACCGAUUUGGUCAAAGGGAUGGCACCUUUGAAGACGCAUCCAGUACUAGUGAUGGGCGUGGCCAGUGAUAUCCUGUUUCCUGCAUGGCAGCAACGUGAAAUCGCCGAGACACUGCAGGCGACAGGGAACGGUCAAGUCACUCACAUCGAACUAGGAGAAGACAUCAGUCUUUUCGGGCACGACACAUUCCUGCUGGAUCUGGAGCACAUUGGGGGUCCACUAGGAAAGUUUUUACAAUAGACCAGCAGAUAUAGGACAAAGUCAUAUCCUCUCUAGCAAAGAUAAUAUCGUCUUUCAGACUAGGUGUAUGUUAUUUUGGGCCUCUUCAGGGGCCAUAUUCACAACAUCAUUAUAGCGCCAGCGAGCACAUCCAGACCCCAUCAUUGCAUCA